UCGUGGGGCUGAAAAUCAUUUCUAUGGUGAAAAUCAUGAAAUAACAGCCUCCCAAAGAUUACAAACUACUACCACUACGAGGCUACUUAAAAAUUUUCUACGUUACCGAGAAUCUGGAGCUGUUGAAACAUACCAUGGAAAUCAAUGUAAAAAUGAUACAAUUCUGAUUAUUGAGCUGGCUCGAAAAAGUGCCAGAAGAAUGGCUGAUAAAAAUAUUGAUGAUGAAGCUGAGACGAACGCAACUGGAAAUAUUGAAAAUGGACAGUGCAGCCAGGAAAUUGAACAAGACUUGGCAUCACUUACAGUAGAUGCAAGUGUUCACAGGAUUGAGAAAGACAAUACUGGUUCGAAUUCAGAUAAAACUUCUAGUGAAAAUAAAGUACCGGUUAAAGUUCACCCUUUGACUGAGAGACAGCACAGCUUGUUCAAAGAGCUCUCUAAGACAAAGGGUUGGAAAGAAAGUUUUGAAAAACUUGAACCAUUGCCAUUGAAUUCGCCAAAGAAAGACGGCCAUAUCCGCUUUGUAUGCAUCUCAGACACACAUAACGGGCACGGAAAGCUCAAUUUACCCGAUGGAGAUAUACUUCUGCAUGCUGGGGAUUUUACACUGCGUGGAAAGCUCAAGGAGGUUGAGAGUUUCUGUGAGUUUUUAAAGGAAAUCAAAAGUAGAUAUAAACAUAUAGUUGUGAUUGCUGGUAACCACGAACUGACAUUUGAUGACAAGAAAGACUUGUUUUUUGGCUUAUUCAAAACAAAUGCAGAUUGCAAUAGAGGAGCAGAUUUGAAAGAAAUGCUUCAAAAUCAUUGCAUUUACCUGGAGGAUGAAGGCAUUGAGCUGAUGGGCUUUAGGAUAUAUGGCAGUCCUUGGCAACCAUAUCAUAGAGGGUGGGCAUUCAACCUGCCCAGAGGUGAAGCUCUGUUGGAAAAGUGGAACAAAAUUCCAGAAGGAACAGACAUUCUCAUGACACAUGGGCCACCACUAGGCCAUGGUGAUUUGACAUUCUUUGAUCAGCAUGUUGGGUGUGUUGAAUUGUUAUCAACUGUCCAAGAGAGGGUGAAACCAAAAUUUCAUGUAUUUGGACACAUUCAUGAAGGAAAUGGAAUGACAACUGACGGAUCAACUACCUACAUAAAUGCAGCCAUUUGCAACUUCAGGUACCAGCCUGUUCAGAAACCAAUUAUCUUUGACUUGCCAGUUCAAGUUUGCAGUCCACAAGAAUGCUCCAGCACUAGAUGAUGGAACGUUUCUUUAUCAUCACUUUCCUGAAACAUGGCAUAGAGCAAAAUGUUUAAAGAAAAAUAUUAAUCGAAAUUGGAUGAGUCAAGAUUGGUGAGUCAAUUUUCAAUGAUUGUUUAAUUUUGUAGUUUUUCCUUCUUGCAUAAAUUCAGUUAGCUUCCUUCUCCUGUUUUUUGUAUUGCUUUCAUUUUAUUAAAUUCAUGUAGCAGAAUUUUUCUUUAAUUUUAUCCACAUCUAGGUAUCUUUUUAUUCUAAAACUUUUUAUUUCAGAUUGUCGUAAACGCGUAGAUCGUCACUCAACACAGUUGUAUGUCUAAUGUAUGCCUUGCCUGAGUUUAGCAGCUAUCUGUUUCUCUUAUAAUAGCACUUGAUCAAUUUUGUUUUUUGAAAUGUACAAUUUUGCUUUACGUUAAUGUCUGAUAUGGUUCAUUAGCGAAAAUACAAUACAAUAUUUUAUAGAUAUAUACUGUAAACCUGUAAUUUCAGUUCUGACACAUUUCACUGUUCACAUAUUCUCUUCGACUAACAUCAGCCAAAGAUAACAAUAAAGUAUUUUUCCCCAUUGAAUCAGAAAAUGAAUUCUACAAGAAGUCAAAUUACGCGACUGAUAUCUUUUAUUCGGGGGAUGUUGGUUAGGAUAAGAAGAAGGCAAUAAGAAAACUGGUUGUCGCUGCCAAUCGCGUGGCAUUGGCGAGGUUACGAACGGCAAGGUUUCGCCUCAUUGUCUUGCAAAAAAUUAUCGAUCGAUAUUUCGACGAAAUCUACUUAACAGUAAUGGACAAUGACGAGAUGUAAAGACUGUUUAAAUUUGCUAUUUUCUCCUGACUUUUAUUUUCUCUUAAUUCAUUCAAUUUGUUUUUUUCAAAUUCUUUCUUUUAACAUUCAACAAUAACAAAUAUGUGACAGAUACAAAUAUUAUUUUUAUGCAUUUAAACAAACCCCACGAGUUUAUGACCACUAAAAAAUUACUGUGGGAAAUUUCGAAUCGUUUGCUUCAGUAUAAAUAGAAGGGCUAUGAAAGUAUCUCGAAAACUUUUUGAACAAUUUACCUCGUGUCAACGACAGCUUUUGUAAGUAUAUUGUUCGAUUAUUUAAACAUGUGAUACAGAACAAACGACAGGAGGGGUUUGAGGUAAACCCGUAAACAGGUCUAAAGGGCAGGGGUGUCAAAUGCCCUCAAAUAAUUUCCAAAAGUCUUAAACCAGCUUCACGGGCACCCUAUUACCCCUGAUAAAGAUUUCGCCCCCAUAAAAAUCAUUUGAAAAAGAAGCUUGCUCUAAUAAAAACUUUUGUAGACAUUUCAAUAUUAAAAAAAGAUAGCGAAAAUUUUACUAUUUAGUUGAACAGAAGACUAGCCUCAGUUACGCCCGAUAGGCGGGCGCGCAAUAGCCCCUGUAUGUGGACAAAAUCUUGCUUCUAUCGAAACAGGAGCAAUUGCGUGUACAUGAAUGUUUUUGCUAUUUUUUAUUAUUAUUGCACUAAUCAAUUAAGUUUUUAAUCACUGAAUAUUAAUGUAGUGAUGACUUCCCACUUUUUGUUUUAGAGAAGAAAUAAAUGUUCCUUUAGCGGAAAGAGAAGAAACAAACGGGUAUGCAAUAGCCCCUAUAUUUACACGGGGUCGUCUGAGAAGAAAAAUCAAAGCACAAAAUAAAAUAUUUUAGUCGAGGAUGAAAAUAUUAUCUCAAGUAGGAAAGUUAUAGCAAAGACUAUGAACAACUACUUUAUUAAUAUAACCAAAACAUUAUACAUUCCAGAAAUUAAAAGCAAACAGUCAGAUAUAUCUAUUAGAAAUAUGACAGAUGAUAAUAACUUACUAGAUGAAAGUUUCUAACAUCACCCAAGUAUAAUUAAAAUUGAGAAAAAAUUCAGAGGAUAUAGCGACAUUUAACUUCAGGCAUGUGUCAGUAAAUGAAAUAAGGCCUCAAAUUAAAUCCUUAGAUGUCAGUAAAUCUACUGGACCAGAUCAAAUGCAAGCAAAAAUACUCAAACUAGCAAUAUCAGAAAUUGAGCAGCAACUUACAGAAAUCCUAAAAGUCUGAACUAAAAGAAGCAGAUCCCAUGCCUUUAUUUAAAAAAUAUUCACCUACCAGCAAGAAAAACUAUAGACCAAUCAGUAUCUUGCCUGCUACUUCAAAAACAUUUGAGAAAAUUAUUUUCAAUCAACUAUACACUUUUAUUUGUCAUCUGCUAUCCUCGUUUCUUUGUGGCUUUCCUCAAGGUCAUGGAACACAACACCCUCUUAUAAGAUAUAUUGAAGAUCUAAAAUAAUGCCUGGGUUGUAAGAAAAUCGUGGGUACUGUCCUCACGGUUCUCUCCAAAAUAUUUGAUUUUUUCUCACAUGAACUCUUACUAGCAAAAUUGGAAGCUUAUGGACUUAGUAGAGAUGCAUUAUUGUUAAUCCAAGAAAUAAAAACGGGUGUUCCCCAAGGUUCUGUCCUUGGUCCCCUUCUUUUCAAUAUUUUCAUCAAUGACAUAUUCAUAAAACUAGAUCAAAGCAAACUAUGCAGCUAUGCUGAUGAUAAUACCAUAUGGAUUAAAGGUACUGAUAAGGAGGACAUAUCAGCUAAACUAGAACAUGAAAACAAUAUCAUAAACCAAUGGUUUAUAGACAAUGCUAUGCAGCUCAAUGGGGACAAAUGCAAACUUAUAAUGAUUUCAGCAAAAACAAACAAUCUUGAAAAAUUUAGCAUUUAUUUAAACAGGCAAAUAGUUGAAGAGGAAGACAAAGAGAAAUUGCUGGGUGUAACAAUAGACAACCAAUUAAAAUUUGAUGACCAUAUCAAAAGUAUGUGUAAAAAAGCAGGGAACGAAGAUACAAGAAAACCUUUGAUGAAAACAUCUGUUUUGACAUUCUUCAGUUACUGUUUCUUAGUAAGGAUGUAUUGUACUAGGAAAAACAAUAAACUUAUUAAUAACAUUCAUGAAAGAGCAUGAAAUAUCAACUUAACUUCUUGCACACUUUUGGAAACGCUUUUCCAAGCUAACGUUCAUUUUCUUUGGUUUCCUUACUUUUUUUUACAUGUAGUAUUAGGGUUAAGGUUAGGGUUCUGAUCAACAUCCAAAGGCAUUCUGCUGGAAGACCGAACUUAAUAACAUACAGGGGAAUUUCAUGAAGAUAGUUUAAUAUGAAUAAAGGAUUAGAUACUAGAUAAAGGCUGUUUUCCCAUUAUUUCGGUCCAGGAACAUCUUUAGAGCACAGAGAGGUUUAUAGACAGUCAGUCAGCAUGUUUUGCCAGUCAGAAUAGUUAAUUUGAGUUUCAUCCAUAAGCAAAAUUCGCAGCAUUUGUAAAGAUACCCAAACACCAACAAUGCAUAAAUGCAUAUUAUUCGAAACCAUAACUCUUCUUUUUUACUUCAGGGCCCACGCAACGAAUUUUAAGGUGGAAGAGCUAAGCUGUACAAAUCGGACUUGAAUUUAGUGCCUCAAAACAGGGCCUCUUUGGAAAUAUAAUUUUGCUAACCAAAAGAAGAAGGGGGGGGGGGGGGGGGGAGCUUGACCCCUUAGUUGUUUUUUGCCAUUUUUUCAUAAUUUUUGACGAAUCUGAGUUUAAAUAUUCUUAACAGAUUUGUUCUUAUAGAAACGUGUAUCCGACCGUCAGCACCAGCACCUAGAGUUAAAACAAUGGCAGAAAAUAUAGCCUUUUUAAUGCUAUCCCUGCCAUUUUUAACCUGGGGUCUUUUUUGACUACGUCUUAGGCUUUACCUGUAAAUCUU